AUGUCAACGCAUUUUAUCUAGCUACAGAUAACAAAUUAUUUAAAACGGUGUAAGUUAACUGUAAAGUCUGGUUUCAAUCAACUUUGGGUAAGUUCAUUCUUAUUACUAAAGCUAUAUAGCUAGCUACUGAGCACUGUUGCUACUUGCUAACUGUUCUGGGAGCUAGCUAACUGGUGGUUGUUAUUGUUUAGCCAGCUAGCUAGCUUGUCAAAGAAAGAGGUGAACGUCACCCUCUUUUUGACACUCAAAACAGUCAAGUAUGGCUCAGUGACUAAUGGGUAGUGGUCUGUUUUCUAAAUACUAUUUUCCAGGGAGAGCCAUGCAGGCGUUUUUGAAAGGAACAUCAACUCAAGGCAUCAGACCUCUGAAAGAGAAAGGUACCAGUGGAGAGAAGAAGCAGAAGUCUGUCCCCUGGGUAGAGAAAUAGUAAGUAAAAUUUCUCAGUGGCAGUAAUAUAAUCCCUUGUGAAUCUUCAUUCAUAGAAUGUAAAUGCGGACACACAAAGAACAGAAAUGCUAUUCGGUAGCUGCAGGCAAAUAUCUUGGUGAUAAUUAAAGUGGCUUAAUAUGUUUAGUCAGAAAGAAAAUCCUGCAUUCAUUUGAUCAACUACACUGAAAACCAUUGUUUGGCUGUUUACAGUAGACCAAAAUGUAUGGAAGAGGUGGCAUUUCAAGAGGAGGUGGUUGCUGUGCUGAAGAAGACUAUAGAGGGUGCUGAUGUAAGUAGCCUCUUCAAUUCCAUGAGAGUAGUGACUUCUCAUAUGUUUAGGGUAAAUGCUGUCUGCCUGGGGUUCUGUUUGAAUAUUACAUGAUUUCUGUUGCAGCUCCCCAAUCUGCUGUUCUAUGGACCACCUGGAACAGGAAAGACCUCCACCAUCCUGGCUGCAGCCAGGGAACUGUAUGGGUGAGAGUGACUCACCAGCUUUCCAGAUUACUGCAUUCCAACUCCCAAUUGAUGCAGAUCUGUGUUCGUGGGUUUCAGUGCUUGUGUACACCACAGUCAGUGUUCCGUUUCCGUUCCUUUCCACAGGCCAGAGCUGUACCGACAGAGAGUGCUGGAGCUGAACGCCUCUGAUGAGAGAGGGAUUCAGGUGGUGAGAGAGAAAGUCAAGAGAUUUGCCCAGCUGACUGUAGCAGGCCACCGCACUGAGCAAGUAGCAGUUUCCUUAACCUUCAUUACAUUCACAUACCCCCCCAAACACACACAUAGCAAGCUCAAUCUAAACAACAAAUCAGAUCAUAUAAUACAUGUACUUUCCUUACCCCCUAUAACAGUCAGCAUAUUGUUAAUGUUAAAUUAGGAUAUUAAAGCCUCUUUCCAUUCCUUACCUCUGACAGUGGGAAACAAUGCCCACCCUUUAAGAUCAUCAUCCUGGAUGAGGCUGACUCAAUGACCAAUGCUGCUCAGGCUGCUCUCAGACGCACCAUGGAGAAGGAGUCCCGGACCACCCGCUUCUGUCUCAUCUGCAACUACGUCAGCAGGUCAAUUGGGCUUCGUAUUCCAAGAGGCACUCUAGAAUAUGAAAUCUAUUUUUUGUUUAUUUUGCAUAACAUUAAACUCUUUGAGACACUUUACAACAUGCUGUAAUAAAUGUUACAUCUGUAGCUAAACCAACUUAAAUUGACUGUGAUUUUAUUUUCAGGAUUAUUGAGCCCUUGACAUCCAGAUGCUCCAAAUUCCGCUUCAAACCUCUAGCCAAUCAGGUCCAAGAAGAGCGCCUGCUGGAAAUCUGUGACAAGGAGAAUCUCAAGUACUCAAAUGAGGUAAUGAUUGCAAACUGGCAACUGUACACACUGUAUCAUCAUCAUUUUACUUAAAUGAAUCAUCUUCCAAUUAUCCUUAAAUUCCAUUUUCCUGCAGGGAAUUGCAGCGUUGGUGAAGGUUUCAGAAGGGGAUCUUAGAAAAGCCAUAACCUUUCUUCAAAGUGCUGCACGGCUGAACACAGAUAAUGAGAUCACAGAGAGUGCGGUCAUAGAGAUAGCAGGGGUGAGUGCUUUUACUAACUCAGCAAAAAAAGAAACGUCCUUUUUUCAGUACCCUGUCUUUCAAAGAUAAUUCGUAAAAAUCUAAAUAACUUCACAUUGUAAAGGGUUUAAGCACUGUCCCAUGCUUGUUCAAUGCACCAUAAACAAUGAAUGAACAUGCACCUGUGGAACGGUCGUUAAGACACUAACAGCUUACAGACGGUAGGCAAUUAAGGUCACAGUUAUGAAAACUUAGGACACUAAAGAGGACUUUCUACUGACUCUGAAAAACACCAAAAGAAAGAUGCACAGGGUCCCUGCUCAUCUGCGUGAACGUGCCUUAGGCAUGCUGCAAGGAGCCAUGAGGACUGCAGAUGUGGCCAGGGAAAUAAAUUACAAUGUCCGUACUGUGAGACACCUAAGACCGCGCUACAGGGAGACAGGACGGACAGCUGAUCGUCCUCGCAGUGGCAGACCACGUGUAACAACACCUGCACAGGAUCGGUACAUCUGAACAUCACACCUGCGGGACAGGUACAGGAUGGCAACAACAACUGCCCGAGUUACACCAGGAACGCACAAUCCCUCCAUCAGUGCUCAGACUGUCCGCAAUAGGCUGAGAGAGGCUGGACUGAGGCAACAACGUCGCCUAUGGGCACAAACCCACCGUCGCUGGACCAGACAGGACUGGAAAAAAGUGCUCUUCACUGACGAGUCGCAGUUUUGUCUCACCAGGGGUGAUGGUCGGAUUCGUGUUUAUCGUCGAAGGAAUGAGCGUUACACCGAGGCCUGUACUCUGGAGCGGGAUCGAUUUGGAGGUGGAGGGUCCGUCAUGGUCUGGGGCGUUGUGUCACAGCAUCAUCGGACUGAGCUUGUUGUCAUUGCUGGCAAUCUCAACGCUGUGCGUUACAGGGAAGACAUCCUCCUCCCUCAUGUGGUACCCUUCCUGCAGGCUCAUCCUGACAUGACCCUCCAGCAUGACAAUGCCACCAGCCAUACUGCUAAUUCUGUGCGUGAUUUCCUGCAAGACAGGAAUGUCAGUGUUCUGCCAUGGCCAGUUUAGAGCCCAGAUCUCAAUCCCAUUGAGCACGUCUGGGACCUGUUGGAUCGGAGGGUGAGGGCUAGGGCCAUUCCCCCCAGAAAUGUCCAGGAACUUGCAGGUGCCUUGGUGAAAGAGUGGGGUAACAUCUCACAGCAAGAACUGGCAAAUCUGGUGCAAUCCAUGAGGAGGAGAUGCACUGCAGUACUUAAUGCAACUGGUGGCCAAACCAGAUACUGUUACUUUUGAUUUUGCCCCCCCCCCCUUUGUUCAGGGACACAUUAUUCAAUUUCUGUUAGUCACAUGUCUGUGGAACUUGUUCAGUUUAUGUAUCAGGUGUUGAAUCUUAUGUUCAUACAAAUAUUUACACGUUAAGUUUGCUUUCAAUAAAUGCAGUUGACAGUGAGAGGACGUUUCUUUUUUUGCUGAGUUUAUAUUUCACUCAACAUCAGUAAUAGUUGCCUUUUUUAUGCACUGUGCAGUCUAGUCAAAAGAGAGGUAUCCAACUUUGCUGACACCUAUGCUCACUUUCCUCUUUAAGGUUGUUCCUCCCAAGAUGAUUGACAAUUUGCUCAAAAUCUGUUACAAGGGCACAUUUGAAAAACUAGAGAUUGCUGUUCGGGUAUGUACAUUCACUUUAUAUUGCUGCUUCAUUACAUAGGGAUCGAAAAUCUCACUCCAUGGCACUUUUAAUGUAGCAGCUUUCUAUCAGACUAAUCACCAGGCCAUUCUGCCACUUACAGAACAUGGUAGAUGAGGGCUAUGCUGCCACACAGAUCAUCAACCAGCUACACGAAGCCAUCAUAGAGGAAGAGCUGAAUGACAAGCAGAAGUCUGCCAUCACGGAAAAGAUGGCAGUAUGUGUUUCAAAAUGGCUUAACUUGCAUCAAUGUGACAAUCUUGUCAUUACAACGUUAUUGAAAAAAUAUCUACAGUAGUAGUGACAUUGAUUUGUCUCCCUCUUUUUCAGGUGGUUGACAAGUGUUUAGUGGAUGGUGCAGAUGAGUACCUGCAGAUGCUGAGUCUGUGUUCUGUGAUCAUGCAGCAAGCCACCCUGAGUAACUGACCCCACAACCUCACCUCAUGGACCAUUCCUCUUCAUAUACAUCUGGACCAACUGCUUUUUCUACACAUUUUUGUAGGCUGACUCCAUUAAAAUGUUAAUUGUUUCCUGUAAACACUGUCUGUCAAUCAGUGCUGUUCAAGUCAUACUUCAGGGGUCAGUUUUAUAGAACAUUUGUUUUUAUAUUUAUCAUCUGGGCUUUGAGUCAGUUAGGAAACAAACAAGUAACCAUAUAUUUUUGUAUAUACACUGCUCAAAAAAAUAAAUGGAACACUUAAACAACACA